AUGAGUCGUUUAGCUUUACUUAUUUUUUUCUGUAGCAUUAGCGGUUAUCACACUCUACUUAAUCCAUAUCCGAGGAUUAGAACUAUUCCAUUUAAUGGAGAUGCAGACGACCCUCUCUUCCUGACGCCUUACAUCGAGGAAGGUAAGAUACAAGAAGGUCAGGCGGCUUCAAAGGUAGAACUGCCAUUUACCAAUGUCACCAGCUACACUGGCUACCUCACCGUCAACAAGACCUUCAAUUCCAAUCUCUUCUUCUGGUACUUCCCUGCUGAGGUAGACCCGAAGAACGCUCCCGUAGUCCUUUGGCUCCAAGGAGGUCCUGGAAGUUCUUCUCUUUAUGGACUCUUUUGCGAAAAUGGCCCAUUCUCUGUUGACGUCAGAUUGAUUGUACAAGCACGCGAACACUACUGGUCACAAUUUUUCAACGUAAUUUAUAUCGAUAACCCAGUCGGAACAGGAUAUAGUUUUACUGAGAAUGAUGCUGGAUAUGCAACUGACCAAGUGAAGGUAGGGGAGGAUCUUUACUCUGCUUUACUGCAGUUCUUCCAGCUGUUCCCAGAUUUGCAGAAGAACGAAUUCUUCGUCAGUGGCGAGUCUUAUGCUGGGAAGUACAUCCCCGCAAUAGGUUAUACCAUCCACAACAACAACAAAAUAAACAAACAGAAGAUCAACUUGAAAGGACUAGCAAUAGGUAACGGUUUAACUGAUCCGGAGAACAUGAUGGUAUACGCGGAUUAUGUUUAUCAACUUGGUCUUGUGGACUCUAACACCAGGGAAGUAAUUAGGAAUUUACAAGAUAAAGCAGUGAAAUUAAUAAGGCAACGUCAAUAUUCUGAGGCAAAUACUGUAUUCCAUAAUAUUGUAGGUUCGUUAAGCCCUCAUAUAAACAUUUAUAACUAUCUUGAAAGCGGCUACUUUGAUGUAGAAGAAGUCUACAGUGAUUAUGUUCAGAUGGACUUCGUCAGGAUAGCCAUUCACGUCGGUAAUCGCGAUUACAGUGACGGUUCUAAAGCUGGAAAGUAUCUUGAAAAUGACAUCAUGCAAUCUGUCAAACCAUGGGUCGAAGUAUUAUUAGAAAAUUACCGAGUAAUGUUUUAUAGCGGUCAAUUGGACAUAGUAGUCGCGUACCCAUUGACGAUGAACUUCUUGCCAAAACUAAAUUGGACAGGCUCUGAGGAAUACAGAACUGCACCGAGGAAGGAAUGGAAGGUAGACGAUGAACUGGCUGGGUUUUACAAGAAGGCCAAAACAUUAACAGAAGUUUUCGUCCGAGAUGCAGGACACAUGGUGCCAAAGGAUCAGUCGAAAUGGGCUCUCGACAUGAUAACCCAAUUCGUUUACAAUAACAUUAGCGGUUACCAUACGUUGCUUAAUCCCUAUCCGAGGAUUCGAACUAUUCUAUUCAAUGGAGAUGCUGGUGACCCGCUCUUCCUGACGCCUUACAUCGAAGAAGGUAGGAUACAAGAAGGACAGGAGGCAGCCAGAGUAAGUCUGCCGAAGACCAACAUCACCAGCUACAGUGGCUACUUCACCGUCAACAAGACCUUCAACUCCAAUCUCUUCUUCUGGUUCUUCCCUUCUGAGGCCGACCCGAAGAAUGCUCCCGUAGUUCUUUGGCUCCAAGGAGGGCCUGGAGGUUCUUCUCUUUUUGGGCUCUUCUGUGAAAAUGGUCCAUUUUCUGUCGACACAAAACUGACUUUACAAGAACGCCAAUACUCCUGGUCACAACUAUUCAACGUAAUUUAUAUCGAUAACCCAGUCGGAACAGGAUUCAGCUUUACUGAAAGUGAUUCGGAAUAUGCAACUGAUGAAGUCAAGGUAGGGAAGGAUCUUUACUCUGCUUUAUCACAGUUCUUCCAGCUUUUCCCAGAUUUGCAGAAGAACGAUUUCUUCGUCAGUGGCGAGUCUUAUGCUGGGAAGUACAUCCCCGCAAUAGGUUAUACCAUCCACAACAACAACAAAAUAAACAGACAGAAGAUCAACUUGAAAGGACUAGCGAUAGGUGACGGGUUCACUGAUCCGGAGAACAUGAUGGUAUAUGCUGAUUAUGUUUAUCAACUUGGUCUUGUGGACUCUAAUACCAGGGAAGAACUCAGAAAUUUACAAGAUGAAGUAGUUAAAUUAAUUAGGCAACAUCAGUAUUCUGAGGCAAGUACUGUGUCUGAUGAAAUUUUGGGCAGGUUAAGCCCUCGAAUAAACGGGUAUAACUACCUUCAAAGCGGCUCCUUUGAUCCUGAAGGUGCCUACAGUGAUUAUCUUCAGACUGACGUGGUCAGGAGAGGCAUCCACGUCGGUAGUCGCACGUACAAUGACGGUUCUAAAGUCGGACGGUAUCUUGCGAAUGACGUCAUGCAAUCAGUCAAACCAUGGGUCGAAGUAUUAUUAGAAAAUUACCGAGUAAUGUUUUAUAGCGGCCAAUUGGACAUCAUUGUCGCGUACCCAUUGACGAUGAACUUCCUGCCCAAACUAAAUUGGACGGGCGCUGAGGACUACAGGACUGCACCGAGGAAGGAAUGGAAGGUAGACGAUGAACUGGCUGGGUUCUACAAGAAGGCCAAAACGUUAACAGAAGUUCUGGUCAGAGAUGCAGGACACAUGGUGCCUCAGGAUCAGCCGAAAUGGGCCCUUGAUUUGAUAGCCCGAUUCGUUUACAAUAACGGCUAUAUUUGUCAUGCUUUUCUUAACCCAUACCCAAAAUUUAGAUCCAUCGCGUCCACUGGGGAUGCUGGUGACCCGCUCUUCCUGACGCCUUACAUCGAAGAAGGUAGGAUCCAAGAAGGACAGGAGGCAGCGAAGGUAAAACUGCCUGGUACCAACGUCACCAGCUACAGUGGCUACCUCACCGUCAACAAGACCUUCAACUCCAAUCUCUUCUUCUGGUACUUCCCUUCUGAGGCCGACCCGAAGAACGCUCCCGUAGUUCUUUGGCUCCAAGGAGGGCCUGGAGCUUCUUCUCUUUUUGGGCUUUUCUGUGAAAAUGGUCCAUUCUCCGUUGAUAAAAGCCUAGCUUUAGCAGAACGCAAAUACUAUUGGUCACAAUUAUUUAACGUAAUAUACAUCGAUAACCCAGUCGGAACAGGAUUCAGCUUUACUGAAAGUGAUUCGGAAUAUGCAACUGAUGAAGUCAAGGUAGGGAAGGAUCUUUACUCUGCUUUAUCACAGUUCUUCCAGCUUUUCCCAGACUUGCAGAAGAACGAUUUCUUCGUCAGUGGUGAGUCUUACGCUGGGAAGUACAUCCCCGCAAUAGGUUAUACCAUCCACAACAACAACAAAGUAAACAGACAGAAGAUCAACUUGAAAGGACUAGCGAUAGGUGACGGGUAUACUGAUCCGGAGAACAUGAUGGUAUACGCGGAUUAUUUGUAUCAACUUGGCCUUGUGGAUUCUAAUGCCAGGGAAGAACUUAGAAAUUUACAAAAGGAAACAGUAGAAUUAAUUAGGCAACAUAAUUAUUCUGAGGCAAGAGUUGUGUCUAAUCAAGUUUUGUAUUCGUUAAGCCCUCAAAUAAACGUGUAUAACUACCUUCAAAGCGGCUCCUUUGACCCAGAAGGCCCCUACAGUGAUUAUCUACAAACUGACGGGGUCAGGAAAGGCAUCCACGUCGGUAAUCGCACGUACAAUGGCGGUUCUACAGUCGGACGGUAUCUUGCGAAUGACGUCAUGCAAUCAGUCAAACCAUGGGUGGAAGUAUUAUUAGAAAAUUACCGAGUAAUGUUUUAUAGCGGCCAAUUGGACAUAAUCGUCGCGUACCCACUGACGAUGAACUUCCUGCCCAAACUGAACUGGACGGGCUCUGAGGACUACAAAACUGCACCGAGGAAGGAAUGGAAGGUAGACGAUGAACUGGCUGGGUUCUACAAGAAUGCCAAAACGUUAACAGAAGUUCUGGUCAGAGAUGCAGGACACAUGGUGCCUCAGGAUCAGCCGAAAUGGGCCCUUGAUUUGAUAGCCCGAUUCGUUCACAAUAACACUGUCAGCUAUGUUUCUUGUUCUCCUCUCAACAUGGACCCGAAGAUUCAAUCCAUCUCGACCAAUAGUAAUGUAGAAGAUCCACUCAUCCUGACACAGUCCAUCGAAGAAGUCAAGAUAAAUGAAGAACUACCCGGCACCAACAUGACUUGUUACAGUGCUUGGAAAAUCAUUCUCAUUUUGAUAGAUCUAGCUUUAAUAAGUUUCUCUUAA